GGUGGCUUGUCUCAUCAGUAGUCUGUAGACCUUCAGUGUGGUCCUUCAUUGUAAACUACGCUUGGUGAGUCAGCCGCCUUGUAGGGAAGGGAAAAAACCAGAGCGUGUUUUCCCCCACAGACAAGGCGGCUGGUUCACAAAGUUGAUAAGUUGUUUUACUAUAGACAGGCUUCACUGACAGUUACGCUCUAUGAAACGAGGAACAAAAACAUGCAAGGCUUUCUCAAUAUUUUCCUUCCUCGACAAUCUUGGCGGCUAGAUUUGUCUCAUCACUAGUACUCUCCAACACCAUCCAAAAAGAUCUAACAACCCCCAACAGAUAAGCUAUCGAUGUUUAGAAUCUGCAGCCGCGAUGCCAAGACGAUCUAUCAAGCCAAAGUCGAUUCCAUGAUCCAGCUUGCGAGCGAGGUUCAGUAUCGUAUUCUUACGAAGCAGCUUCAACCGGUCAUGAGGACAUUUUACAACCGAACUGCGUUCCAGCUCCCAGGAGAUCCCCGUGUACGGAUAUCGCUCGAUACAGAAUUCACCAUGGCUCGUGGAGACAACUGGGACAGUCGGUCGCGUGCUGGUGAUAACUGGCGACGGACUGACAUUGGCAUCGACCAUCCUUUUGACCAACUGCCAGCGGAGGACAAGGAGCUUUUCAAGUACGGUGUUUUAGAAGUCAAGCUUCAGACCCAGUUCGGACAAGAGCCUCCCAAGUGGGUCACGGACCUCGUUCAAUCCUACCUCGUCGAAGCUGUUCCCAAGUUUAGUAAAUUUAUCCAUGGUUGCGCUACCUUGCUGCCAAAUCGUGUAGAUCUUGUGCCAUUCUGGCUGCCCCAAACCCUAACACGGGUUACCUCACUGUCGAGCGCCCCGCAAAGAGCAGCUCCCGAGCAACAGUCCGGCGUCCUCUCGCCCGUGCACUCCUAUGUUGAGCCCGUCUCAGAGGGCGAAGAAGAUGAGGAGAUGGAUUUGGCGCCUGCCAGAGAUGAAUUUCGGCGCACGGGGUUACCCCACGAUGACGUCGCGGCAGCCUAUCGCAUUCCGCGACGUUCUCGUGAGGAGGUGUGCGAUGAGCGGACACCAUUGUUGAAGAUGCCACGGCCGCCGCUUUCGCCUUCUUCUGCGUUUGAUGAGCGCCUGCGCGAGCGUUUUCAGGCGAAGAAGAAUGUGCCGCCUCGUGCGCAAGAAGAGCGAUUGUUGGUGAGAGACUGGACUGCGCCGCCUGGCAAGCGCAUUGCAGUUCCUGUUCGUGUAGAACCCAAGGUAUAUUUCGCAAACGAACGCACGUUCUUGAAAUGGCUCAGCUUUGCGGUGCUCAUCGGAUCCAUCGCUACGACGUUAUUAAACUUCGUAGAUGCAGAUGAUCCGCGAGGCCUGAUCAGCGCAGCGCUGUUCACCCUGGCUGCACUACUCGCCAUCGCCUACUCCGCCAUCAUCUUCGUGUACCGAGCCAUUCGUCUACGGGCGCGAUCGGCGGAAGGGCUGUACUAUGAUAAGUACGGUCCGACUAUUCUUUGCUUUGUGUUGUUGGCGGCGCUGGGUACCAAUAUUGGGUUGAGGGUGGCGGAGAUGUGA